CCGCCGCCGCCAUGCUCGCAAAGUUCGCUGUUGCCGCUGCCGCCAUUGCAGGAGCCGCCGCCUUCACCCCCAUGCAGGCCCCUGCUCUCCGCCAGUCGAAUGUCCAGAUGAACAUGGCCAUCGACCGCCGUGACGUGCUCAAGACUGCUGCUGCUGCUGGUCUUGCCCUCGCCAACGCUGGUGCUGCCUCUGCUGCUUGCGACAACGCUGCGAAGAAGUGCACCACCGACCAGGUCAACAAGAACGCUGCCCCUGUGAUCACCAUCUUCGAUCACCGUGGCUGCGCUGAGCACCAGAACAAGGAGUACACUGGCGCUCCCUCCAACGACUACAACGAUGAGAUGCUCGUCAAGGUUCAGUCCGUCACCCUCAAGAGGGAUGACCCCAAGUUCCUCGACAUGGCCAAGCGUGUCGACAUGGAGUCCAAGAUGACCUUCCACAAGUCCUGGCAGAAGGGAUGGGCAUACGACAGCGACCUCAACGCUGGUGCCACCAACGUUCACGGAAACGAGAAGGCUGCCAAGGGCAACGGUCUCUUCUAAGUCCGAUAGGACACUCAGCUGCGAGAAGGAGAUCUUUGCAGCAUUCCAUUCAUUCAUUCAGAAAGUGACCAAUGAAAAGCUUCGAUCUUACUCGGCCAGCUAUGUU